AUGCUGAAGUCAACGAUCGUGGACGCACGAGUGCGCCUGGUGCCGUCCAAGAAGCUGCUGGACUUCCUGGACGCCCACAAGGAGCACUUUCAACAGGUGCCCGAAAAUGUGGCCAAGGUAAUGAAGCACAAGGGUCUCACUUUGCCUCUAAGAACAAAGAUAAUCAAGGAUGACGAGGUGGUCACCAAACGUCCAAAGAUCGACCAAGCUCUGCUGAAAAAGCUAACUGAAAAUAUAACAAAAACACCGGAUGAGUUCGUAAAUAAUAAGACGGAUUCCCCAGAAGAUAAGGAAGAAACACCGGAACAGGUGAAAAAUGUCCUGUAUUUGAGUGACCUGCACUGGCUAUCCAAAACGCUGCUUGAACUGCGCUCCCAGGACCUUUGCCAAGUCUUUCUCCAUCAGCUAAUUGAGUCCUGCGAACUCAUUCUGCCCGAAAACGAGAUGAAACCGCGAAAUCCCGAGUUGGAAGCCCGCUGCGAACGUCUUCGCGCGGAGCAGCAGAACCGGGAUUACCUCAAGAUGACCAAGAACGUGGAUGCCGGCCUGAAAAACUACCCCGAAGACACCAUUUCCUAUCAGAUCAAGAGCCUCAACAAGCAAAUCAUUGCCGUGGCCCAGUUCAUUUUCUCGGUGGCCGCUGGCUUUACUUUCGGUUUCUUUGGCGUCAACUUGAUGGUGGGUCCGCUGCCCUUCGGCUUUCGCAUUCUGCUGGGCGUCAUAGUAGCGCUCAUCAUAGCUCUGGCCGAGAUGUACUUCCUGGCCAAGAAGCUGCACGAAUACGACGAGGUCCUGGAUGCUCCCAAGCGCAAGCCGCAGCCAUCGACGCCGGUUAAGCGCAAGGUGGUCGUCGCCCAGCCGCCCGCCGAGGGAAGCCAAGUGCAGACACUGAAAGCCCAUGCUGACUAGUUAAUUACAUCCUUGUAUUAUUUCGCGUUGCAAUGUUAGGUUAUAUAAAUAGCUGUAAAAGUUUA